UGACCUUCCUGGGCAUCUUCCAAGUCGUCAUGCUGAGCGGCUGGUAUGUUAUUCAUAUUUUCUGGGCGCGACAAACUCAUGCCCGCGGUUCGUCAUAUCUAAGUAAGCAAGAAUAAAGGCUAUGGUGGAAAUGGCAUUGAGCUUGCCCUUCUCGUUCACCCCCCCUCGGGCGCCGGUGACCAGAGUCGAACACAAACCAGCUUGGGACUCUCUGUCGACGCCAUGGCCGACCUUCUGUGCUACCCCCACCCACUCGUGACGAGCAACGUCCUGUACGUCCGCGACGUCCCGUUUCGCGUAAAGUGGGACAACCUCGUCACCACGUUCAAGGCCUGCGGACCUGUUUCGCAGCUCGAGGUGACAACAACGAAGGGAACAAGCAAGAAAAACCGCUGUCGGACAUGGGCCGUGUGCUUCCAAGACAUCGCUCACGCCGAGCUGGCAUUCGCGACGCUGCGCGGAACGUCCAUCAAAGACCUUCCCCUGGCGUUGCCCUGUCCCCUCACCCUUUUCCAUUCCGCCCAUCCCAGCGAGAGCGACGCGUCGUCCGCGUCCUGGGCGCUGCCGCAAUACGUCGUCGGCGUGAAGCUACAAGCACUCGCCGAGACGAACAUUUUCUCUCUCUUCUCUAUCUUCCGCCGCGCCGGUCCUCUGGUGUCUCUGCGUCUGGACGUGGACAUUGGGCGCGAUGCCCCGGUCUGUGUGGUCCGGUAUUGGAGCCUUGACCAUGCAGAUGCUGCUGCUCCUGGGGUGACGGCUGCGCUGCGCGAGCGGUUCCAGCUGUCUGGCAUCGUCUCGCUGAAGAGCUAUGACCCUUGCACGAUAUUGAUCACGAACCUUGACAGCGGUCUCGAGGCAAAUGAUAUACACGGUCUCUUCAACAAGUUUGGUACCAUCAUUGAGUAA